AUGGCGACAAUCACGAUCCAACCUGAAGACUUGGCUGACCCCAAAGAUCUGCCCUUUUCGUCAUCAGGCUCUGAACCCCGAUCCUCGUUUGAAACAGCUGCAAAUGAGAAACCCGGCGACGAAGAAGCUUUACUCCCACCGAGCCCGCCGAGUCAACAAGAAGAUCAGCAUCCACCCAGCGCUAGCCGGGCCAAAUUGCUUUUAUGGAUGCUGGCAAACGCCCUCGCUACCAUUGGUAUUGUCUUCACCAACAAAUCCCUCUUCACGUCAACCCUCUUCAAACACGCCCAACUAACCUUCGCAUCCUACCACUUCUUCAUGACCGCCACGCUCCUCUACCUCCUCUCCCGCCCCCGCUUCGGCUUCUUCGAGCCCAAACGGGCCAAGAUCCUCGAAAUGCUUCCCCUGGCCGCCGCCAUGUGCCUGAACGUGAUACUGCAAAACUUCUCCCUCGCCUACUCCUCCAUCCCCUUCUACCAAAUCUGCCGCGUCCUCCUCACGCCCACCGUCGCCGCGCUCAACUUCUUCUUGUACCAGAAGACGCUGCCCCGGACCGCCGUCCUCGCGCUCCUGCCCAUCUGCGCCGGCGUGGGCAUGGCGACGUACUUCAACGCGAGGGCCCGCGAGGGCGACGACGGCCAAACGACGUCGUUGCCCGGGGUGGUGUUCGCCUUCGGCGGCGUCCUGAGCAGCGCCGUCUACACGGUCUGGGUGGGCGUGUACCAUGCCAAGUUCGGCAUGAACAGCAUGCAGCUGCUGUCGAACCAGGCGCCGAUCGGAUCGGCGCUGCUGCUGUACAUCAUCCCUUGGACCGACAGCUUUCCCGUCUUCCAGGAAGUGCCGCUGAAUGGGUGGAUGUUGGUGCUUCUGAGCGGACUCUGUGCGUGCGUGAUCAACAUAUCGCAGUUCUACAUCAUCAACGAGGCUGGCGCUGUGAGCAGUACAGUGGUCGGGCACGUCAAGACUGUCUCCAUUGUUACGCUUGGUUGGGUUAUUGGUGGUAAUACGGCGGCUGAUGGGAGCGUUGUUGGGUUUCUGCUUGCUAUUGUUGGAAUAAUCACAUAUACGACGAUAAUGCUGAAGCAUAAGCCAGUGUAG